AAAAAAAAUAAAGAAAGAAAGAGAGGUAAAAAAAAAAAAAAAACAAAACAAAAACUAAAAAAAACACAAAAAAGACUUUACAACACUCGCUAAAAUUUAAAUCCUUUUCUUUUUUAUAAUCCUUUUGUUUUGGCCUGAUUUUUAGAUUUUUAUUAGUUUCUCUUUCUCUUCUUCUUCUUUUCUUCUUCUUUAUAGGAUACCCAUACCACUCGUUUGUUGUUUAACUUAAACCUCAAGACCCUCCUCUUCUAUCCAUCAACAUUUAACGACAGCCUACCCUCGAACCAUCUCCAUCAAGCAAUAAGAGAUAAUUGAUCAUUUUUAUAUACCCUUGUAUUCGACAAAAUCUUUUAUCAUCUACUCGUUCCAUUGAUUAAUCUAUAAUCUGUCCAUUCGUUCUUUAAAAACCUACUUUCAUUCAUUCUUUAAUUAGCCGCCCAUCCACUUUAACUGUUUAUCCAUUCUUUUUCAUUCGACCCCCUAUGUAUCAAUAAUGUAUUUCAAUAUCAACUUGACUUGUGCGGUUCUUAUCUUAUCAUACAUUAAUAAUGUUAAUGGUGAUUGGUUUGGUAAUAACCAAGAUUCCUCUUCCGAAUCUUUGAAUAACAUUUUUGAUCAACUGGCCCAAAAAAAUCCUUUCCAACCUCCUUCUUCUACUUUGCAAAGUGAUUCAGUUACUCCUUCCACCAAACCAACUAGUUCUUCAUCUGCUAGUUCAACCGGUACCCCAACCGGUACCCCAACCACUACUGGCUCCACCGAAUCACCAAGUAAUGGGUUUAAUAAUUUCUUUGGUAGUAUUUUUGGUCAAUCAGAUGGUAAAUCUAGUUCAACUACACCAGAAUCAACUCAAGAAACUACCUCAGAUUCUUCAACCCAACCAACCGCUGAACAAACCAAUGAAGCUACCUCUUCCACUAAUACUCAACAAUCUACUUCUUCUACUAAGAAAGAUACCCCAGAUUCCACCUCUUCAACUAAAGAAGAUACUUCUUCUACUGAAGCAAAACCAACUUCAACCUCAAAGGGUUCAGGUAAAUUAGCUUCCUCUUCGAAAAAGAAUGAAAACCCUGAGUCCGAUUCUGCUACCACCACCACUUCUUCUUCGGCUGAUACUACUUCUAGUACUCCUACUUCUUCUAGUACUUCUAAAAGUAAUAUCUUUGAUUUCUUAAACUUUGGUGAUUCUUCCUCAUCCUCAUCCACUACUCCUUCUGCCUCAUCCACUACUCCUUCUGCCUCGUCCACUUCCUUGGCUGAACCUUCAACUGCAGAGCUUGAUUCUUCUAGUCCCACUCCAAGUCCUACUCCAAGUUCGACUAGUGAAACUCCAAGUCCUACUCCAAGCUCUACCUCUAGUACUUCAAAUAAUGAAGCUACUUCAGAAUCCACCACUGCUUCCCCUUCAGAUUCAGAUUCAACUACUUCCUCAACUGAUUCCUCAACCGAUUCCACCUCUUCAUCUUCAAAUGAUUUCCUUGGUAUCAGUAUUCCAAAUCCUUUUGAGAAAUCUUCCUCCUCUUCUGAAACUGCUUCUCCUUCAGUUUCUGAUCCAGCUUCUUCAACUUCAUCACCCUCGCCUUUAGCUUCUGCAUCAGCCGCCUCUGAAUCUAUUGCUUCAGCUUCUGCUGCUUCCUUAACUGGUUCUUCAUUCUUAAGCCCAGCCUCUUCCUAUAUCUCAAGUUCACCUUCUGGUUCUGAUUCUUUCGCUGAGGCCACCGAAACUGCAUUGAGUGGUUCUUCAACUGGUUCUUUUGUAAGUGGUUCUUCAGACUCUUAUGCUAGUCCAACUAUUUCAUCUUAUUCAUCAUAUGGUACCAGUAGUCCUUAUGCUAGUUCAACUUCUGAAUUACCAACUGGUUUAGUCAGUAGUGGUUCUCAAACUGGUUAUUAUUCUGGUUCUUCCUUUGUUACUGGUUCUACUUUACCUUCUGAUUAUAGUUCUUUAUUAUCAUCCGAACUUGCUACUGAUUCAUUUUCUAGCCCUUCACCAUCAGGAUCUUUUGCUAGUCCAUCACCAUCAGGAUCUUUUGCCAGUCCCUCACCAUCAGGAUCUUUUGCCAGUCCAUCACCAUCAGGAUCUUUUGCCAGUCCCUCUCCAUCAGGAUCUUUUGCUCCCCUUAUCAGUGCUUCUGCUGAGUCUUUGAAUGAAUCAUCCACUAUUGAUUCCUCCGCAUCUUUAUUAUCUGCCUCUGCAGUUUCUUCUGUUAAUGCUUCUGAAACUUCAGCUUUAGCUUCUGACUCACUUGCCUCUUCAACCAUUGCUUCUGAAGAGUCUAGCUCAAGUGCUAAUUCUACUUUAGCUACCGCUUCUUUUGCAAGUGAAAGUCUUUUUGAAUUUGCAAGCUCCACUGGGUCGGCUUCUGAAACUACUUCCUUAUCAGCUACUGAAUCAGCUACUCCAUCAGCUUCUGAUGUUUCAAGCGUUCAUGUUUCUUCCGCUAAGUAUUAUGAAUCAACUGCUGAAACAUAUUCAUCAGCUUCUCCAUCAAAAGGCUCUUACUCCCCUCAAUCUUACGUUACUUCAUCAGCUGUUGAAUCAUCCACCCCUGCAAGCUCUUCUUACGCUUCAAUUACAUCAGCUCCUUCUAGUUCAUCAGUUGAAUCAAGCUUUACAUCAGAAUCAGCUUCUAGUAGCUCCACUACUAAAAAUUGGUUACCAUCGCAAUUAGUGAUUGAAGAAACUACCUCAGCAACUCCUUCUAACUCUGGUUCAGAAGUUGUUCAAGCUUCAUCAACCACUGACACUGCUACUUCUGGUUUACCAAAAGCAAUUAGUCCUGCAACCCCAGCUCCAGAUCCAGGUGAAGAAUAUAAGAUUGUUUAUAUCGGUUUCAAGAAGAGAUUGAAUUAUCCAUUCGUUGUUGAUCAUUACUUAUCUUCUGCUCAAAUCUUCAACUAUUUACCAGAUACUUUGGUUGCACCAUUUUCUGAUGGAACUGAUUAUAAAGAUGUUUCAGUUAAAAGAUUAAUUCCUUUCACUGCUGAUGGUAUUGAUUAUACCAUUACUGUUGCUGAAACUUAUUUCCCUAAGAACUCUGUUGAUGCUUUAUCUCAAUUCGUCAGCAAAGCUGAUUCUCAAUUAUACAGAAACUCUGAUCCUGUCCAACAAUCACUUGCUCUUUUAAUUGAUAGCAGAAUACCAAUCACUGGUAUCGAUACUUCAGGUUCUUCAGGCUCUAGCAGUAGUUCAGGUGGCUCCACAAAGAAUAAUGGUUCAAUGGAUGGUGCUAAUAAACUGGUAAAAAAUAAAGGUAAAGUUGCUGGUAUUGCAAUUGGUGCAGCCGCUGGAUGUGGUAUUUACAUGUCCUUGAUGGUCUUAUUAUUUAAAAGAUAUAAGAAAAGUCAAGCUAUCACCUUACCUCCAUCAGAUCUGGAAAGUAAUGUCGGUAUGAAUAGUGAAAGAUCCACAAUUCAAUUAUCCAGUGGAUUUUCUGCAGUAUUCAAUAGAAUUAAUGUAAAUGAUGCCACUUCAGAAGAAGCGAAUCGGUCGGCAAAUGGAUCAGCAAAUGGAUCGGCCAACGGAAGAAGCGUUCAAAUUUCUGAACCGGUUAAUGCUUCAAACUCUUUGGGUUGGGCUCAUUGAGCUAAUUGAUUAAUUUUUUUUUUUCUUUAGUCUUAUAAAAGCUUUGUUUUUUUUUUUUUUCCAUUUUUUAUUUUUUUUUUUAAAAAAGAAAAAAAUUAUUGCCUAAUAGCAUCAUUGAUGAUAUGUUAGAAGUUUGCUUUUUAUUUUGUUUUAAUACCUGACAUUGAAUUAAUUCCAAUGAUUUGUUAAAUGUUAUCAAGGUCAUAAUUUUUUUUUUAUUAUUGUUAAUUUUAUAAAAAGAAGAAUGAACUUCCCGAUGUUUUUUGUUUAUUUUUAUUUAAAAGUCUGUCAUAAUUUCGAAGAAUUCCCUUUGUCUUUCACUUUUUUUUUGAGUUUUUUCGUUUGACUUCUUCUGUUGUCCCAAUUGACUCUCCAUAAUUCCUAAUAAAUGGAAUUAUAACUCCCCUUGUGAAUUGUUUUCAAGAAGUAUUUUUUCC